UGAUAUUACCUUUUUAUUUCAGAUAUUGUGAAGUGGAGUCAUUGUGCGCUGAGAGUACAUGAGGAGUGCCUAAAGGUUGAAGUUUGACUCAAAGGUGGCAUUUAGAUUUUGCUGACACAAUGGAUGUCUCAGAUCCAAUUACAAUAGUUCUAUCCAUUAUUCUCUGCGUAUUUCUGGCCAUUGUCCUUUAUGGAUGGAAAAGCGGGACACCCAACUUUCCUCCUGGACCAACUCCUUUACCGAUCAUCGGAAAUAUGCAUAUCCUAAACAUGAAGAAGCCGUAUAAAUCAUUUCACGAGCUCUCUAAGAAGUAUGGUCCGGUGUACAGUAUCAAGAUAGGAGAAGAAAAAAUGGUGAUCCUCUGUGGAUAUGAGACAGUAAGAGAUGCUUUGGUAAAUCAUGCUGAUGAGUUUUCCGGACGACCGAUAAUUCCACUGUUCGAUGAAUUUUCUAAAGGACACGGAGUUAUUUUUUCCCGAAAUGAAAACUGGAAAGUGAUGAGAAGAUUUACCCUUUCAACAUUACGAGAUUUCGGGAUGGGGAGAAAGACAAUUGAAGACAGAAUUCUGGAAGAAUGUGACUGUUUGGUGAAAGAAAUCAGAUUAUUCAAAGGGGAACCUUUUGAUAACCAUAUGGUCAUAAAUGCUGCAGUAGCCAACAUAAUCGUUUCCAUAUUGCUGAGUCAUCGAUUUGAUUAUGAAGAUCCGACACUUUUGAGGCUUUUGAAAAUAGUUAAUGAAAAUACCCACAUCAUUGGUAGCCCAACCGCAAUGCUUUAUAAUGCAUUUCCAUCAAUGAUCCGCUGGUUGCCUGGAACACACAAAACUGCCAUGAAAAAUGUGGAUGAAAUGCAUAGAUUUGUUAAGGAAACCUUUACCACCCAACGGAAACAACUGGAUGUCAAUGACCAGAGGAACCUUGUUGAUGCAUUUCUAGUGAAACAGCAAGAGAAGCCCAGUCACGAGUUAUUUUUCACCAAUGAAAACCUAACAGUGCUUGUAACUGAUCUCUUUUCUGCUGGGAUGGAGACGACCUCGACCACACUUCGCUGGGGAAUUCUGUUGAUGAUAAAACACCCAGACAUCCAAAGGAAAGUUCAAAAUGAGAUUGAAAAAGUGAUUGGAUCAUCUGUGCCACAUAUUGGUCACCGUAAGAACAUGCCGUACACAGAUGCCGUUAUUCAUGAAAUUCAAAGAUAUGCAAAUAUUGUUCCAACCAACCUCCCACAUGCUACUACUCAAGAUGUCAACUUCAGGGGUUACUUUCUUCCAAAAGGGACAUAUGUACUUCCAUUGCUAACAUCCGUGCUGUUUGACGAGGCCCACUUUAAAAAACCAAAAGAGUUUUAUCCUGAACAUUUUCUGGAUGCUAGUGGAAGUUUUUUGAAGAAAGAAGCCUUCAUGCCAUUUUCAGCUGGUAAAAGAAGCUGUGCUGGUGAGACAUUGGCCAAAAUGGAAUUGUUUAUGUUCUUUGUGCAGCUUCUACAAAACUUCACUUUCCAGGCUCCUCCUGGGACAAAGUUGGACCUGAAAUCAGGAGUUGGGUUCACGCGGUCUCCUACGAAUCAUAAAAUUUGUGCUGUGCCCCGCGUGUGAUAAUGGAUCAUGAACAUGAGAAACAAAUGACUUUAUAUUUACAGUAUCUGGAAUCACCAGACUAUUCAUGAUAUGAAGAUAAACCAACAUGUUAACCCAG